GCAAAUACAUCUGUGCAGAGGACACCUCUCGUCGAGACACGAGCCAACAACCCUUUACCAACCACAAAAUCACCACCUAUCGCUGAGAUGAAGAGACCUUCACCUCUUGGCAAUCCUCCCCGACAGCAGUCGGCUUCAGCCGCUGCUAAAAUCGCAAAUAAAAUUCUGCCUCCAGAGGCUCAAAACAAAAGAUACGAGACACCCAAAAAGGUGUCCAACAAAGAAAACAUUACCUCUCCUGGGCUUAGCGAGGCUAAGCACCUGAUGGCUUCCCAGGAGUCGGAAUUCGGAGGAAGCUGGAUGGACGAGCUGGCGACAGAACUUUCCGUAUAAUGCAUGAUUAGACAGACGACGCGGCAACGAGAAACGAUAUACCCCCUGGAUAGACGGCGGACAACAGGUAUUGAACGGAUAUGGUGGGCUAGGCUGAUUUACUAGGGGUUUACGGCGAAAGGGCUUGAGGCAUACUGCUUGAUAUUGCAUUGCAUUGCGUGGCGAAUGUGCGUUUUGUUCUUCUUUCUUUUACUGUUGAGAUUAGCCUUUUAUGUAUUGUGUACGAUUUAGUCUGCUGUAGAUGCCGACUUGUGAGAUGUGAAAUAGAUGAUGAGCUCCGCCUUCAGCUCGCUUUU